UGUAGUAUGUAAACAUUCAGAUCGCGAGUCCCGAACAUGCCGCGCGUUUGAAGCCGGCUCCGUGUUUUCAAAUUCAAGACUAGUGCCGGAAGUUUACUCAAAAAUGAAUAAUUCUACCGAACCAACGCUAGCCAAGGAGGCGGUUUUGCAGGAGAGUUCAAAAAUACCGGAAGGAACGCCCACAGUGCAAGGAUACGACUGGAAUCAGGGUCGCAAUUACGAAGCCUUGUUCGGGACUUACUUGCACUCCGGAUUUCAAGCUACCAACCUGGGGAAGGCGAUUGAAGAGGUGCAAAAAAUGAUUGAUUGCCGAAACAUACCUCUGCCCGAUGACAAACAGGAUAACUAUGAAGAGGACGAAUUCAUCAAACGAAAAUCCAAUUGUACCGUAUUUCUCGGUUACACUUCCAAUAUGGUGUCGUGUGGCGUGCGGGAAACGAUACGGUUUUUAGUUCAACAUAAAAUGGUUGACUGUAUUGUGACAACUGCUGGCGGUGUCGAAGAAGACCUGAUAAAAUGCCUCGCUCCUACAUACCUCGGAUCAUUCGAACUGAAUGGAAAGCGUCUUCGAGAGCAGGGUAUCAAUCGAAUCGGCAAUCUGCUGGUACCGAACGAUAACUACUGUAAGUUUGAAAACUGGGUUAUCCCAAUAUUGGACGAAAUGUUGGAAGAACAACGAUCUUCGGGAAUACUCUGGACACCGUCCAAGGUUAUACAAAGGCUUGGAGAAAAGAUCAACGAUGAGAGUUCAGUUUAUUACUGGGCCGCCAAGAAUAAAAUACCGGUGUUUAGUCCAGCGCUUACCGAUGGCAGUCUUGGUGACAUGAUGUAUUUCCAUUCGUUCCGCAAUCCUGGACUAGUGUUGGACAUCAUUUCUGAUCUUAGACGGUUGAACACCAUGGCUGUUAAGGCAGUCAACUCAGGCGUUAUCAUAGUGGGGGGCGGUGUGAUAAAGCAUCAUAUAUGUAAUGCUAAUUUGAUGAGAAAUGGUGCUGAUUUUUCGGUUUUCAUAAAUACUGCUUCGGAAUUCGAUGGGAGCGAUAGUGGUGCCAGGCCGGAUGAAGCGGUGUCUUGGGGUAAGAUAAAAAAGGAUGCAACACCAGUCAAAGUUUACGCGGAAGCCAGCUUAGUGUUUCCCAUACUUGUUGGGGAAACGUUUGUAAAAUGUCAUUUUAUAAAGAAAUAAAAACAGGUAAAAUCUGAGAAAAGAUCAUUUGUUUUACUU